GAUAAAGAUGUGCUUGCUUUUAAUGUCUAUUAAGAAUUUAAAAAAUAUGGAGAUCUUAUUGGAAUUUAUGUUUUUUAGUAAAAUAGGAAGUAUUGAAGACUAUUUAAUUAUCAAGUUAUUUACUCUUGUAUUCAUCGUCUUCUUAAUUGCAGGAGGCUUUACGUCCUCCAGUCCAUUUAUAAUUAACUAUUAAUGAUUAAAUAGUUAAUGCUAAUGCCAAGAUUAUUGAUAAACCUAUUGAUAUCCAAAGACCAUUUAUCAAAGAAACUUUAGCUUAUUAACUAAACAAUUAAAAUGAUGAAGAUGAUGACAGUAAUACAAUCAUUAUAUAUUUAUAAGACAAGAAAAGAAAAAAUAAAAGAAAAGUUGAAAAACCUUAGAAAAAAUGACAAGCCAUUUUAAUUUAAUAUUCAAAAAAAUAUAUUAUUUACAUACACACACUCCUUUUACAACAUCAAUUUAAGGAAAUAUUAAACUUUAUAUAUAGAAUAUGCAAAUCUCCUCUCCUCCCCCUUUAUUGAAUUUAUUUUAAUAUUAAUUUUAAUUUAUAAGGGUAUUUUUGUAUGCAAACUUAUAACCCUGAUUGCUUAUUUGAGUCAAUAUGACAUAUUGAUACAGAUCUCAUAACAUAACAAACUCUAGAGAAUCAUAUGCCACCAUAAAACCCUCUUCCACAUUAAAACCUAUUAAUAGAGAUGUUAAAGGCAAUGUAUUAUUGCUAAAAUAAAAAAGAUCUUUCAUGAAAAUGAACAUUAGUAGAAAAAGCUAAGGAUUUCAAUAAUUCAAAUUAAAUCAAGAAUAUAUACUAAAUAAUGCAAAAUAACCCUUACUCUACUUUGA